AUGAAGGGGAGCGUGCGCGCGCCUGGCUCACGGGGUGUCGCGGAAACGUCGGAUGAGGGGCUGGUGCCUGGCGCGUGCGGUCCCCGCCCCCUCCCCAGCAGCAGACAGCUCGCGGUGUCCUGACUGAGUGCCCCCUUCAGCUGCCAACGGUCAGUGCGGCGGCGGCCGGCGAGCGGGAGGCUGACAGGCCGCGGCAACCAACCCUCCCUGGGCUGUCUCCGUGCUCCGGGAUGUCGGCCGCUCCCGGCGCUCUCGGGCUGAUGAUAGAAGGCGGGGAGUCGCCGCUGCUGGCCACAAGUGCCCCAAUGCUGUCCCAGGCUCCGGAGGCCUUCCCACCGCUGCCCCCGCUGCCGCCGCUCUCCUUCGAUGGGCUGGUGCUGGGCCCGGCGGAGGAAGCGGACUCGCUGGACGGACCGGAGUAUGAGGAAGAGGAGGUGGAGAUCCCACUCAGCGCUCCCCCCACUAACCAGUGGUAUCAUGGCAAGCUGGAUAGAACCAUUGCGGAGGAGCGGCUGUACCAGGCCGGGAGGACUGGAAGCUAUCUUAUUAGGGAGAGUGAUCGUAGGCCGGGGUCUUUUGUACUUUCAUUUCUCAGUAAAACAAAUGUGGUCACCCAUUUCAGGAUUAUAGCAAUGUGUGGUGACUUCUACAUUGGGGGAAGACGGUUUUCUUCACUUUCAGAUCUCAUAGGAUAUUAUAGUCAUGUUUCAUGUUUACUGAAAGAAGAAAAACUCCUUUUUCCUGUAGCGCCCCCAGAGCCUGUUGAAGACAGACGUAGAGUACGUGCUAUUCUUCCUUAUACUAAAGUCCCAGAAACAGAUGAAAUCAGUUUCUUGAAAGGAGAUAUGUUUAUUGUUCAUAAUGAAUUAGAAGAUGGAUGGAUGUGGGUAACCAAUCUUCGUACAAACGAACAAGGACUUAUAGUUGAAGAUUUGGUGAAAGAAGUGGGGAGGGAAGAAGAUCCACAUGAAGGCAAGAUAUGGUUCCAUGGGAAAAUCAACAAGCAGGAAGCCUAUAACCUGCUCAUGACUGUUGGCCAAAUCAGCAGCUUCCUGGUGAGGCCGUCUGACAAUACCCCUGGUGAUUAUUCCUUGUACUUUCGGACCAAUGAAAACAUUCAGCGGUUUAAGAUCUGCCCAACUCCAAAUAAUCAGUUUAUGAUGGGAGGUCGGUACUACAACAGAAUUGAUGAUAUAAUAGAACACUACAGGAAAGAACAAAUUGUUGAAGGCUAUUAUCUAAAGGAUCCUGUCCCUGUGCAGCAUCAAGAGCAAGUACUGAAUGAUAUAGUGGAUGGUAAAGAAAUCUACAAUACAAUCAGGCGAAAAACUAAGGAUGCAUUUUACAAAAACAUUGUAAAGAAAGGCUAUCUCUUAAAGAAAAGUAAAGGCAAACGGUGGAAGAACUUGUAUUUUAUCUUAGAGGGCAAUGAUGCCCAGCUUAUUUAUUUUGAAAGUGAAAAACGUGCAACCAAACCCAAAGGAUUAAUUGACUUGAGUGUAUGUUCUGCCUAUGUAGUCCAUGACAGUCUGUUUGGCAGGCAAAAUUGUUUCCAGAUCGUAGUUCAGCACUUUAGUGAGGAACAUUACAUAUUCUACUUUGCUGGUGAUACUCCAGAGCAAGCUGAGGACUGGAUGAAAAGUCUACAAGCAUUUUGCAGUCUACGAAAGACGACGCAAGUUACAUCUAAUAAACGUCUUCGGCAGGUUAGCAGUCUCCAUUUGCAUGUAGAAGAAGCACACAAGCUCCCAGUCAAACACUUCACUAGUCCUUACUGUAAUAUAUACCUGAAUAGUGUGCAAGUAGCAAAGACACAUGCCCGAGAAGGCCAGAAUCCUGUUUGGUCAGAAGAAUUUUUCUUUGACGAUUUAUCACCGGACAUAAACAGAUUUGAAAUUAGCCUUAGUAACAAAACAAAGAAAAGCAAAGAUCCUGACAUCUUAUUCAUGCGCUGUCAGUUAAAUCGGCUGCAAAGAGGACAUGCAAUAGAUGAAUGGUUUCAACUCAGUUCGCACAUACCACUGAAAGGUAUAGAGCCAGGGUCACUGCGUGUCCGGGCACGGUACUCCAUGGAGAAGAUCAUGCCAGAGGAAGAGUACAAUGAGUUUAAAGAGCUUAUAUUGCAGAAGGAGCUGCAUGUAGUAAAUGCAUUAUCGCACGUGUGUGGCCAGGAUCGAACACUACUUGCAAGCAUUUUACUGCGGAUUUUUCUGCAUGAAAAAAUGGAGUCUUUACUUUUGCGAACACUAAAUGACAAAGAGAUCAGCGUGGAAGAUGAGGCUACAACGCUCUUUCGUGCCACAACCCUGGCGAGCACACUUAUGGAGCAAUACAUGAAAGCUACUGCUACGCCAUUUGUUCAUCAUGCUCUGAAAGACACCAUUUUAAAAAUAAUGGAGAGCAAACAGUCAUGUGAGUUGAAUCCCUCAAAGCUGGAAAAGAACGAAGACGUGAACACUAAUUUAAUACAUCUUUUGGCUUUACUUUCCGAGUUGGUGGAGAAGAUUUUCAUGGCAGCAGAAAUACUUCCUCCGACUUUAAGAUAUAUUUAUGGGUGCUUACAGAGAUCUGUACAACAAAAGUGGCCUUCUAACACAACCAUGAGGACAAGGGUUGUUAGUGGCUUUGUUUUUCUACGAUUAAUCUGUCCUGCUAUCCUUAAUCCAAGGAUGUUUAAUAUAAUCUCAGAUUCUCCUUCGCCAACUGCUGCGAGAACAUUGACGCUGGUCGCCAAGUCUCUGCAAAAUUUAGCAAAUUUGGUUGAAUUUGGAGCCAAAGCAUGGGAGGGACAUGAUGCUGAUGUGCCACAAAGCUGCGUUUUUUACUCCGGAUCUGAGCCCUACAUGGAAGGUGUAAAUCCGUUCAUUAAAAGUAACAAGCAUCGCAUGAUUAUGUUCUUAGAUGAACUUGGGAAUGUACCUGAACUGCCAGAUAUUACUGAGCACUCUAGAACUGACCUGUCACGCAAUUUGGCAGCUUUACAUGAAAUGUGUGUGGCACACUCAGAUGAACUCCGGACCAUUAGUAAUGAACGAGGUGCACAGCAGCAUGUCCUCAAAAAACUUCUGGCAAUUACAGAGCUUCUGCAGCAGAAACAAAAUCAGUAUUCUGUAACGAACAGUACGAGGUAGCAGCUACUUCCCAGCAGUUUGCAUGUGUACACCUGGAAAAUACUUCACAAUAUUACUUUCUUUUGCUCUUUCCAAAAAAUAGCACAUAAUAGCCACAUGUGUGGGACUAUGCAGCAAAGAUAUUCUACUGACAGACAUUUGCAUCAGCAGUUUGGGGAUAUUUGUGUCCUUACACUAAUUGGUGCAGGUAAAUUGUACGUUUCGCAUUUUGAACCGACUUCUACUAAACUCUGAGCCUUUGUCUACUGAACUCAAGAAGACUCCCAUGCAUUAUGCCAAAUCUACAAUCCAAAAACCUGGUGGCUGACAGUAUACACGUUCUGCUCUUCGACAGUCAUUUAUAACUGGAUUACAAGCUAUUUUUAUACUGGUAUUUCUAACUGGUUUCUGUUCUUGCUUGCCAUUUGUUUAAACAAAAAAACGAUAUGUAGGUUUGAUUUCAAAAACUGACAAGGAACAAGUGCUAUUAUUUUUUAUUUGUGUCCUGUCUUUGUGGGAUCAUGUUAAGUUUAUAAGAUGUUUUAUGUGCCACUGAUUUAUAGUAGAUAUUUUUUUUCCAUCAAAACAAUGUAUAAUGAAAAGCUUUUGUAAAAUGUUUACACCCGUAAAUAAUUGAUUUAAUUAAAUUUAUUGAUUGUUGUAUCUGAUGUGCAUGCAUUAAACAAUUUUGUAAAGUA